AUGAUGAGGAUGAAGACUAAAACCACAGGACUGUCACCUUCCUCGAUGACGAAUGGUAGCUCAGCUGGUGGAGCACCUGUGCCUCUUCAUGAAUGGGAACUAAGACCAGGUGGAAUGCUUGUACAGAAACGAAAUCCGGAUUCUGAUCGGGCCUCCGCUCCGCCACCGACAAUUAGAGUUCGGGUCAAAUACGGGUCUGUUUACCAUGAAAUGCAUAUCAGUUCUCAAGCUACAUUUGGGGAGUUGAAGAAGAUGUUGAGUGGACCAACAGGGUUGCACCACCAGGAUCAAAAGCUGAUAUAUAAAGAUAAAGAGAGAGAUUCAAAAACGUUUCUUGACAUGGCGGGUGUGAAGGACCGAUCGAAAAUUGUGCUUGUUGAGGACCCUAUUAGUCAAGAGAAACGUUUACUUGAGAUGAGAAAGAAUGCCAAGAUGGAGAAGGCUUCAAAAUCUAUCUCCGAAAUUAGCCUGGAAGUUGACCGUCUGGCAGGACAGGUGUCGGCUCUUGAAUCGAUAAUUACUAAAGGAGGGAAAGUGGCCGAAAAAGAUGUUCUUGGUGUAAUUGAGUUGUUGAUGAAUCAAUUGCUUAAAUUAGAUGGUAUUAUGGGUGAUGGAGAUGUAAAAUUGCAGAGAAAAAUGCAGGUGAGAAGAGUGCAAAAGUAUGUUGAAACUCUGGAUAUGUUGAAGAUUAAAAACUCUAUGCCAAGUAGCAAUGGAGUUCAAACACCAAUGCAGAAUCAACAAAAGCAUUCAAAUGGUCAAAGACUAACACCAAUUCAGGAGCAGGCACCAAGGCGUUCCAAUGGGCAUAGCCUAGAGCCAAUUCAAGAGCAUCAAGCUAGGCAUUCGUUUGAGCAUUUGGCAAUAAACGAGCAACACCAGCAUCAACAACAUCAACAAUCAAGGCAUUCAACAUCAGGACCCGUUGUCGUGACCACGAAAUGGGAGACCUUUGAUUCCAGCCCAGCAUUGCUGCCAGUCCCCUCAACGUCCACAUCUACACCUGUCACCAAUAAUAAUUCAACCCAACCUAAGUUCCCUUGGGAAUUCUUUGACUAAGGCCUAUGCCACGUAUUUGUUCUUUCCGUGUGUGGAUGUGCUUUGGGUUUGUCUCUCAAGUUGGUUUGCCAUCUGUUCUUCAUUCUUUUCUGUAUUUAGAUUCUGUUAGCACCCCCUUUAAUCUGUUAUUCAGUUCACCAGAAAUAAACGGGGUUACUACAAUAGUGAUUAGUAUGAGAAAUAUUACUCUGUUUCAUUA